GCUAUUUGUACGGAACUUGCUAUACAGUACUCUUGUAUCUAAAAAGAAAUCUCCUCGCACCAGAUGUGAAUAUAGUGAAAGUAGUGAGUUCAAGAAUCAACGACACGGUAUAGUCCAGUCGACAUGUGAAUUUGGAAUGGUAAAUUACAUAAAUGCCACAAAGAAAUAGCUUCAGAACAAAAUUACAUAAAUUCCUAAAUUUUGACCCGAGAAGAAAAGUCCUGGACUAUACCGCAUCAAUUUCUCCAAAUCGAUGUUAGUAGUAGAAAGGGGUGAAAGUAAAUUGCGCGUGCGUAAACCAAAUCCGUCCGAAAAUUGUUGGGCUAUCAACAAUUGCACCGCGACCCGUGUGAUAAUCAAAUAGUUUAAACAAUUCGCGGGUAUUAUCACAUCCAGUGUAUUAUUUUCUAUCGGCGACAAUGGAGAAGGAAACACCAACAAAUUUCUGCCUUCUUAAUAAAAUUGCCUUAGUAUGUGCCUUUAUUGUCGGAAUUCAAGUAACCAGGAUGGUGUUUAAAUUUUUGUACGAUAAUUUCUUAUCUACUUUCCUGCAGAUUAACGCCGUAAAUUUAUCAGAAACAGGAAAAUGGGCAGUUAUAACUGGGGCCACAGACGGCAUCGGCAAAGCAUUUGCUGAAGUCUUAGCAAAGAAAGGAUUAAAUAUAGUGCUAAUUAGUAGGACUCAAUCCAAGCUUGAAGAUGUCGCUAAAGAAUUGGGUCAAAAGUAUAAAGUGGAAUUCAUGAUUCUUGUCGCUGAUUUCACAGACACCGAUCAGAUUUAUAGCGACAUCGAAAAGAAAUUGACUGGUCUGGAUAUUGGUGUUCUAAUCAACAACGUCGGCAUGAGCUACAAUCACCCAGAAUACUUUUUAGAUGUAAAAGAAAAAGACAAAUUCUUUGUAAACCUUAUCAACUGCAACAUUUUCUCUGUUACAAACAUGUGCAAGAUUGUAAUGCCCGGAAUGGUAGAACGAAGAAGAGGAGUAGUUGUCAAUAUUUCUUCCACGGCAGCUCAAAUCCCCAACCCUUUGCUAACUGUAUACGCUGCGUCAAAAGCGUACGUGGUUAAGUUCUCUGAAGACCUUGCUUCGGAGUACGCUAAAUUUGGCAUUACUGUACAGUGCUUAUUGCCAGGUUAUGUGGCUACCAAUAUGUCAAAGAUAAGGAGUUCAACUUGGAUGGCUCCUUCUCCAAUAGGCUAUGUUACAGAAGCCGUAAAAACUAUCGGAGUUAAAGAAAAAACGACUGGAUACUUUCCCCAUACCUUAUUAGUGUCAUUCCUUAAUACCUUAGACUGCAUAUCACCAAAACUAUCACGGUGGGUGAUCUUCAGAACCAUGACCAAUAUAAGAAAGAGGGCUUUAAGAAGAGCAGUACAGUAAUGUGAGAACAUUGUGAACAUUAGGUAAUAAAGAAUUGGAUAUAUUGUUGCCAGCAAAUUGUUGCAGAAUCCUUAACUGAAGCCUAUUACAAAGUCAUUUGUAUUUGAGUCGUGUCGUUAAGUUUCCUGCACAGAUAGAAAGUAAUAAAUGUUAAUCUAUUGUACGUUUAAUUUAUUACACCUCAUAUUCAGUAUGUUUAAAUCUCGAAAUUUAAAGACACCACUCAAAUACAAAUGACUUUGUAAUAAGCUUAAGGUUUCUGCACUAAUUUGUUAGCAACUAUACAUCUUAUAUUACGUAGCAGAGGAUGUUUCGAAUUCAUGUUACAAAUUUUAUUUAUUUAUAAAAAAAUAUUCUGGAGAUUUGACAGUUGCUGUAGUAACGUAAAAAUCUGCAAAUAUUAGUCAAUAGAUUUUUAUUUUACAUUUAGAAAAUAUUGGGUCCCAGUUUUUUGUAUACACUUAAUAUUAUUAGGCUCUAUAAUUAAUAUUAAAACUCUGGACCUCAUAUUUCAAUGUAAAAUCAAACUGUAACAUAAAUAUUACCAAAAUAAAGAUUUUAUCGUAUUUUUUAGACAAAGUGAUACCCUUUCAGAUUAAGUCAUUAAUAUCGAAUGAAUCUAUUCCUUGCCUUUAGGAAUCUAUGUUCUCAUCAAAUUAAGAUGUGAAUUGUAUUGUAAAAUAUUUCUGUUUAAAUUGUUGUUUGUUAUAUUAUUUAUAUUGUUAUACAUAAUUGAAUAAAAUAAUUUAAGUACUA